CAAAUGUACUUUAGCAUUAGCAAUAUUCUUGAACCUUCGUACUUGUAUAAAUAUACACACUCAUCAAUCCAAUUCCUCAUCAGCACCGAAGAGAAAAACAAAAAUAUAAACAUUUCAAUCAUGGUGGUGAAUAUGAAAGCUUUGUUACUCUCGUCUCUGUUACUUGCUACUAUCACCUCUUUAGCUUUUGCAUACGAAAGCGAAGGGAGAGGACAAGAUAGGGAGCUGAAACGUGAGCUGGAGCAAUGUCAGCAGCAUUGUCAAACUGAACACAGAGGACAAAGGCAGCAGCAACAGUGCCAAAGAGGUUGUGAGACUCGUUAUGAGGAACGACAACAACAACAACAAGAGGAACAACGACAACAGAGAGAGCGUCGUGGUGAGAGGGACGAGGAAGAGUUUAAUCCACAAGAGCCUCAACAACAACUCCAGAGAUGUCGACAGACUUGUUCUCAAAGGUACCAAGGUGCUGGCCAGGAGAAACAGCUUUGUGAUAGAAGGUGCCAACAGGUCUAUGAACAACAACGAAAACAACAAGGAGAUGAUGAGGAGUUCAAUCCACAAGAACCUGAGAAACGCCUUCAGAGGUGUCAACAAACCUGUUCUCAGAGCCAUCAAGGUGUUCAAGAGCAGCAGCGUUGCCAAAGAAUGUGCCAAGAGAGGUACGAACAAGAGCAAAGAGGGGGUCGUCGUGGAGGGAGGGACGAUGAAGAAGAGGAUCUUAAUCCAGAAGAGCCCAGACAAAGACUCCAGAGGUGUCAACAAACCUGUUCUCAGAGCCAGCAAGGUGGUCAAGAGCAGGAACGUUGCCAGAGAAUGUGCCAAGAGAGAUACGAACAAGAGCAAAGACAGAGACAAAGAGAUGGUCGUCGUGGAGGGAGAGACGAGGACAUAGAUGAGGUUAAUCCAGAAGAGCCCAGAGAAAGACUCCAGAGGUGUCGACAAACCUGUUCCCAAAGCCACCAAGGUGGUGAGGAGCAGCAGCGUUGCCAGAGAAUGUGCCAAAAGAGAUACGAACAAGAGCAAAGAGAGAGCCGUCGUGAUGAGGUGAAUGACCAUCAUCGCGAGGACCCUCAGCGACGAUUACAGAGGUGCCGAGAGGAUUGUGGUGCCAAGUCAAGAGACCAAAGACAGGUUCAACAAUGUCAACUACGUUGCCAGCAACAAUACGAAGAGGAGAGGCAGAGACAGCAAGAGAGGGACGGCGUUUAUGAUGUUGAGAUGGAUAGAGAGCGUGAGCAGAGAGAGAGUAGAAACAACCCUUAUCACUUCCAGUCACAGAGGCUUCAAUCUCGUUUUAGAACUGAUGAAGGUCAGGUCAAGGUUCUAGAGAAGUUUUCACAGAGGUCUGAGCUUCUUAGAGGACUUGAGAACUAUCGGUUGGCUGUUCUAGAGGCUCAACCCAGCACUUUUGUUGCUCCACACCAUUGUGAUGCUGAUUCUGUCUUGGUUGUUACUAAGGGUAAGGGAACUAUCAAUGUAGUGAGGCAAAACAACAAAGAGUCCCACAGCAUUGAACGAGCUGAUGUAAUUGUUGUACCUGCUGGCUCUACUGUUUACAUGACCAACCAAGACAACAAAGAGAGUUUACAAAUAGUAAAGCUCAUCACUUCCAUCAACAUCCCUGGCCAGUUUGAGGAAUUAUUUCCAGGUGGCUCAAGCGAAAAUCCUCAAUCAUAUUUCAGCGCAUUCAGUAACAACAUUCUUAGGCCAUCACUGAGUGCCACUGAAGAACAGAUAGAGAAGCUCACUGGAGAACAAAGGCAGGGACAGAGACAAGGCCAAAGGGAGGGGUUCAUCAAAAGAGCAUCACAAGAACAACUCAAGGCCUUGAGCCAACAUGCUACUUCACCGAGAAGAAGAGGCCAUGAGUCUAGUGGCCCUGUCAUCAGUCUACAAAAUCAAUCUCCUCGAUACAGCAAUACACAUGGAAAAUUCUACGAGGUUACUCCUGAGCAGAACAAGCAACUAAAGGAUAUGGAUGUGUUAGUCAGCUGGUGUGAGCUCAAUCAAGGAACUAUAAUGGUGCCUCAUUACAACUCCAAGACAACAGUUCUUGUCAUGGUUGUAGAAGGAACUGGACGCAUGGAAAUGGCUUGUCCUCACCUCUCAAGGCAAAGUCAAAGGAGAGGAGAACAAGAAGAAGAAUCUCAGAGUGGAAAAAUCGAGAGGGUCACUGCUCAGCUCUCACCUGGGGAUGUUUUCAUCAUCCCAGCAGGUCAUCCUGUUGCCGUGGUGGCCAACAGCAACCAGAAGCUCCGCACGGUCGGAUUCGGUGUCAAUGCCAGGAACAAUGAGAGGAACUUCAUUGCUGGGAAAGACAACAUUAUCAAGCAACUUGAGAAAGAAGCACAGGAGCUUGCCUUUAACAUGCAAGGAAGUGAAGUUGAGCAGAUAUUCAACCAACCAAAGCUGUCUUAUUUUGUACCUCAGCAACAACAAGAAGAGGGACGUGGCCAAAGCCACCCUCUGUCAUCAAUUUUGAACUUGGCAGGAUUCGCUUAAGGAAACAAAGUUUGUAACAUGUGAUAUAAGCAUGUAAAGGAGACUUAGUUUUGACUUUUUUUUUUUUCCUUUUUCUUUUUUGUUGUGUACUUAACGUUUUGGCUAGCUAUAGUUCACCUUUAGUGUGAGCCUAGCUUAUGUGUUUACCGAUAAAAAAACAGAAGAGAGCUGUAGCUUUCUGCUUCAUAUAUAAAUAAAAUAAUGUUUUCUUCUCAA